UUCAUCGGCUCACCAACAUCAGAAUGAACAGUGAAAGUACUACUCCUUCAACGGGCCAAUCCAGCCUUUGGAAAGCUACGUUUAAUACAACUAGUGUGUUUUUAGGGAUAGGCAUUAUUACUCUACCGUACGCACUCUCCAGAGGAGGGUGGGUAUCGCUCCUUCUUUGCAUUGUCAUCGCCAUGAUGACAUGCUAUACUGGCAUGCUACUAAAAGCAUGCAUGGAUGCGAACCCAUCAUUAACCACGUACUUCGAUAUUGUCGAACGAGCGUUUGGCAAUAAAUGGAGGAUUAUAGCUUCCGUGUUUUUAAACACGGAACUAUACUUAGUCGCUCUCAGCUUGAUGAUAGUCGAAAGUGAAAAUUUACACAAAUUAUUCCCCACGUUUGCCAUUAAGCAUGGCGGCGGGGCAACAAUAAUUAGCGGUAGAAAGACUUUCGUCUUAAUUACCGCUUGCAUUACUUUACCGACAAUGCUACUCACGGAUUUGAGCAUAUUGUCGUAUGUGUCGGUCAUGGGAGUUCUUUCUUCUCUCCUUAUUGUGGGAUCGCUCAUAUCCGUCGGAAUAUCAAAAGUUGGCUUUCACGCACAAGGGGGUCAACUGUGGAACAUGAGUGGAAUCCCAACCGCUAUGAGUUUCUACAUUUUCUGCUUCGCGGGCCACCCGGUUCUACCUUCCAUUUAUGUGUCUAUGAGACAUCGACAACAGUUCAUUACGGUGUUGAUGAUUAGCUUUCUUCUCACCACCACGACUUGCUUGGUUAUAGCUGUGAUUGGCUAUCUUAUGUAUGGAGGAGGAGUGCAAUCUCAGAUAACCCUGAACCUCCCCACCUCAGAAGCAGGUGCGAAAGUCGCUAUUUAUACAUUACUAUUAAUACCGAUUACCCGCUUUGCAUUGUUGGUUACCCCUGUAGCUUCGUCUAUUGAGGGUCACCUCCCUCAGAAGUACCAAAAUAGGAGUUUAAUUCAGAGAGCUGUUAGGCUAGUAAUUUUGGCUAGCAGUACCUUAUUAGCUUAUUUCUUUCCCUAUUUUGAGACCCUAGUGGGCAUACUAGGAUCCAUUUUUAUUGUAUUAGCAUCUUUUUUACUGCCUUGUGCAUGCUACAUCAAGCUUACUCAUAGCUUUAGUACAUGGAGCUGCAAGUUAGUAGCCCCUUUAGCUAUAAUGGUGUUUGGUGUUCUUGCCGGAGUUCUAGGCACAUAUACAGCCAUUGUUGAUCUUGUAAACCAUUAAGUAAACAAAUGUAAUUUUAAUUUAAGGGAGAUGAUGAUAUGCAUCACAAUCUAGUGUUCUACCACGUCUUUAUUUUUUAUUUAUUUUUUGUGAAUAUAAAUUGAGUGGUCUUAAUCAAUGGCUAAAGUA